GCCGCAGACCCCUGUAUGGAGCCGGCUGUAGAAAGCGCGGCUCCGGCCGUUGUCACUAACCUGUCCCCAAAGAAGAAGCCACGAACGCCGAGCUCACAGUAUGCUACAACCAUCGCGGUCUCAUCACGGGCUUUAUUUAACAUGGAGGAGGAGACAAAGAUCUUCCAUAAGGACGGGGUGGAAGCCUAUGUCCGAUAUCAAGUGGAACAUGAGAAUGAGCCUUUUGCACCAGGUGCCGCUUUCCCCUUUGUACAGGCUGUAGAAUCUGUGAAUGAGCAGCUCCGUGACCUGUAUCCAGCCAGUGACGAGCUCUUUGAUAUUGUUCUGGUGACUAACAAUCAUGCACAAGUCGGAGUGCGGCUUAUCAACAGUAUCAAUCAUUACGGGCUGUCUGUUGAAAGAUUCUGCAUGACGGGUGGGAAGAGUCCAAUUGAGUAUCUGAAAGCAUAUCACACCAACCUUUAUCUCUCAGCUGAUUCUGAAAAAGUGCAAGAAGCCAUUGAGCAAGGUAUUGCUGCUGCAACAAUCUUCAGUCCCAAUAAAGAUGUCAAUGUCUCUGAGAGACAGCUGAGGGUGGCUUUUGAUGGAGAUGCUGUGCUUUUCUCAGAUGAAUCUGAGCAGAUUGUCAAAAAACAUGGACUAGAUAAAUUCUUCGAGCAUGAGCAGACGAAUGAGAACAAGCCAUUGGCAAUGGGACCUCUGAAAGGAUUUUUGGAAUCACUGGGAAAGUUGCAGAAGAAAUUUUACACCAAAGGUCAGCGUUUGAAGUGCCCAAUCCGCACCUACUUGGUCACAGCUCGCAGUGCUGCCAGCUCAGGGGCUCGUGCUCUGAAGACUUUGCGGAGCUGGGGUUUGGAGACGGAUGAAGCUCUGUUCCUGGCUGGUGCUCCAAAGGGGCCACUCCUGCAGAAAAUCCGACCACACAUUUUCUUUGACGAUCAAAUGUUUCACGUGGAAGGUGCAAAGGAGUUAGGCACCAUUGCAGCCCAUGUUCCUUAUGGAGUUAGUCAGAGAUACAAGAAGGUGGAGGAGUAGGAGGAGGAGAGGGAUUAAUAGGGCUUUCUCUAUUACAGAGCCUAGCAUUUAGCUCUAACCUUGGGAUCCAUGACCCAUACUUUGAUGUUUUUGCACAGUCUCAGACUGCUUUUCCCACUGUGAUUUAUUUGCUACUAAAACCAGUUCCUUGCUGAACCCUCCCUUUCCCACCUCACUCACCCUCUCCAAUAUCUCACCCUGAGACAGCCCGCUCCCAUUCUCACAUUCAUUUCAUACACAAUCCCAGCAUCUGGGACAACAAUGGGAGUCUGAUUCUCUUACUGCGGUGUCUCAGGUGUGGAACUACAAUGCGUGUACAUCCUGAGGUGCCCACUUGGCACUGGGCGCUGUUCCUGCAGACUCAGCAAGUUACAACAUGGGAAAUCUAUUGUUAAAAUAUCUCAUUAUAAAAAAUCCUAUGAUAGAAAACAUGCAGGAUAUGAGAGCUCUGGUGAAGUCACCUAGACUUGAAACUAUUCUCACCAUGGAUGCUGCCUGACCCAAUGUGCUCGCCAGCAUUUUUUGUUUUCAGUACAAAUCCCAGCAUCUGCUACUUGCUCCCACAUGGAAGAACUGAUUAAAGGAGUGUGAGAUCUCCUUUCAAUGUGAUUCUUUUGUGUGGAUUUGUUCAUUGCAUGUUGCAUUUGAUAUGAGGCGUUGGAAUGAGCACCGCCACAGCAUGCUGCAACAAUUUACAGCUUCUAUUUACAGUAGCAGUUUAUUUAAGUAUGCAGUAAUAUUUGACAUAGCAGGACUCAAAGUAACAGGCUCUUCCCUAUCCAUGGCCCAAACCUUUCCAAUAGUUGGAAGUGGAGACCAUGGAAACAGCAUAUUGACUGUGUUGCAUUCAGAUUGCGGACGUUAAAACCAUAACACAUAGGAGUGGAAGUAAGGCCAUUCGGUCCAUCGAGUCCACUCCGUCAUUUAAUCAUGGCUGAUGGGCAUUUUAACUCCACUUACCCGCAUUCUCCCUGUAGCCCUUAAUUCCUCAUGACAUCAAGAAUUUAUCAAUCUCUGCCUUGAAGACAUUUAGCGUCCCUGCCUCCACUGCACUCUGCGGCAAUGAAUUCCACAGGCCCACCACUCUCUGGCUGAAGAAAUGUCUCCGCAUUUCUGUUCUGAAUUGACCCCUUCUAGUUCUAAGGCUGUGCCCACAGGUCCUAGUCUCCUCGCCUAACGGAAACAAUUUCUUAGCAUCCACCCUUCCAAGCCAUGUAUUAUCUUGUAAGUUUCUAUUAGAUCUCCCCUUAACCUUCUCAACUCCAAUGAGUACAAUCCCAGGAUCCUCAGCCGUUCCUCAUAUGUUAGACCUACCAUUCCAGGGAUCAUCCGUGUGAAUCUCCGCUGGACACGUUCCAGUGCCAGUAUGUCCCUCCUGAGGUGUGGGGCCCAAAACUGGACACAGUACUCCAAAUGGGGCCUAACCAGAGCUUUAUAAAGUCUCAGCAGCACAUUGCUGCUUUUAUAUUCCAACCCUCUUGAGAUAAAUGACAACAUUGCAUUCACUUUCUUAAUCACGGAUGCAUGUUUACCUUUAGAGAAUCUUCGACUAGCACUCCCAGAUCCCUCUCUAAACAAAUCUCACUCUGUUCUCACCACUUGUCUGCAAACAUUUUUUUUGUUCCCCCUUUCAAAUUGUGUGAAUAGUGUGGGCACAGUUCCCCACACUCUGUGCUUGUGGAUUCUGACUUUGUUAGGACUGCAACCACACUGUUAAAUUAGAAGUUGGGUUUAUUUCGCGGACGCCACAAAUUGGAGUUGGUGGUACUUUGCUUCCUAAGCACAUUUGCAAAUAUGUACAAAGAGCGAUCAAAUCAAAAAGGAUAAUGAAAUCUUUCAAUUAGCAAAGAUAAAACCAGAGUCUGGAAUUCCUUUGUGGUUGUGGUCGAUCAGCUAGCUGGCAGAUCAGGAGUCAUGGAAAGUUUAAAAUUUAUUCAAAGAUUUUCCAAGGAAUUUUGUUGAAACUUAAUUUCUGCUUUUCUGUUUUGAUGAAAGUGCUUUAUUCAGUUGCAGAGAGCACAGGUUUGGCUGCUUUUUUACAGCCAAAGGGUUUUCCUUCAAAGUGCAAAGAUAGAGAUUUGAUAUCAUUAGUAAAUGUUAUAUAACACAGCAUAAACCCCUUGUAUAAACAGGUUCAGUUCUGUGGGAGUCCUGAGACCAAACCUCCCCAGGAUGGAUUGGGAUGGGGGGGUGGGGGGGAACAGAGCAGCUCUGGCAAAUAGCAUCAAAACAAAGUUUUUCAGUGGCCCAUUUUGGCAGUUAGGUGUAAGCCAUUAACAAGAUUGGAGAAUUUACAAUUCUAUUGUGUGGGCUUUAUUUUGGAGACAAUAUGUCACCUUGGCACUUUCUAACAUAAAGUUUUUAUUCCAGUUCUAUCAACAAGUACAAAGCAUUGAUCUUCAGCUUCAGAGAAGCUUCUGGAAGGCUAUUGAAUCACGACUGUAGCAGUUGUUUAAUGAUUUUUAAAACUGUAACUAAUGCAUACCUAUUUAUAUAUAAAUGUUGAUUUUAAAUUCACCCAUAACAGUUAGCUGCAGCCACAAGGAGACUGGAAUCUGCUUCAGCUGAAUCAUCAAUUCAAUGUGAAUCAAUAAAAAUGGAUUGAAAUGGGGGCUGGUGAAGGACUAGGGAUGGAGUCUGAGCUUGUAUCUGGCAAGGGUGAACACACAAAGCCAGCCAACAGCUCAUUAUUCCUGUACCAAUGUCGACAUUCUCCUCCCCCCAAGUCCCACCUGCUCAACAGCUUCUCCCCAUAUUCCUCACAUUUACAAGAUUGUGCUGAUAUGACUGAGCUAGUAAUCCAGCACGGCUCAGGGACACCCAGGAGUGGGGGGGUCAGGUUGGUGGAUUUAAAAUUCAUUUCAAUCCAAUAUUAAAAACUAGUUGCAGUGAUGGUAGCCAUGAAAUGACCACUCAAUGUUGUACAAAUCCAGCAGAUUCACAGAUGGUCUUCAAGGAAGAAAAUCUGCUGUCCUUACAUGGUCUGACUGACACAUCACCCUGGACCCAGAAACUCCUAACAAACCUUUAAAAUAGCAAAGCAAACUGUUUAAGAGCAUUUAGGGAGGUGCCAUAAAUCCAGGCCCUACCAGUGGUUUUUGUAUUUCUCAAAAGACUAAAUUGAGUCUUAUCCACUAUCUGCCCGACUAAUCAAAUCCACCCACUUUCUCCUCACAUCCCUGACUUGCUUUUUUAUUGAUAUGCCUGAUCUUUCUCUGGUACAGUUCUGCUGCCCUGCUCUAACAGUUUAAAUGUGCCUGGAAUGUGCAACACUGAGCAGGCUGUUGCAGUGAGAGGAGUGGGGGGGGGGCACUAAAUGUUAAACAUAGUCAGUGUAUGGAACUUCCAACACUGAACAAAACAGCUCCUUUGUUGGAUUGUUUGAGCAAAUCAUUGAAUCCCUAGUGCGGAAACAAGCCAUUUGGUCCAACUAGUCCACACUGACCGUCCGAAGAGUAACCCUCUCAGACCCGUUCCCUACCCUAUUGCUCUACAUGUACCUCUGAGUAAUGCACUUAACUUACACAUACCUGAACACUACGAGCAAUUUAGCAUGGCUGAUUCAGCUAACCUGCACAUCUUUGGAUUGUGGGAGGAAACUGGACCACGCAGAGGAAACCCACACAGACAUGGGGAGAAUGUGCAAACUCCACACAGUCACCAGAGGCUGGAAUCGAACCCAGGUCCCUAGUGCUGUGAGGCAGCAGUGCUAACCACUGAGCCAACAAAUAUUUAAAAUAAUUUUAAGUAUGAGGUUUAGUUUGAAUAUUACUAUUGAACAAUGAAUGUUGUAUUAAUAUAUCAUGCAAGGUUCUGAGCACUUUAUUUUGACAAAAGUUAAAUUUUGAUGUUAUAACACAUUACUUCAUUUUGAUACUGAUACAGUGACAGUGGUGCUCAUAUUUACCACUUAUCAGCAUGGGUAUAUUGGGGAGCUGUAACUGAAGGGCAUGGAGAGGGGACAAUUGUGUCGACUGACUUAAUAUAUGCCUCCUUUAUUCAGCAUUAUUAUGCCCCUUUGCUACUCUCGUUCUGUUACUGUGUUCCUGUGAUUUUGCAAAGAGUAUUACUGUUACUGCAGGAUCAUUGUGAUUAUGUUACUGUACAAAUAUUCAACUGUAUUAAAAUAUCAGUUAUGAUGCCGUGAAUGUUAAGCUAUGACAGUGUUACAGGAUCAUUGUCAGUGAUACAUAAUAGCCUCAACACUACAGGAAUAUCAAUGAACCGUAUGGCUUGUUUGAUUGCUGUAGCACUGACUGCAUAACUGAACUACUGCAUUCAGGAAAUGUCACUGGAAUUGGAUCGUUCAACAACUUCAGAAGGUCAAAUAAAAUUGGACACUGAGCCACAAAAGAUGAUCCUUAGGCAGUGAUUAAGAGCUUGGUGUUUGAAAGAAACAGAGAGUCAUAGGGAUGAAACACCAGACUUUUGGACCCAGGAAACUGAGGAAUGAUUAAAAAUCAAAUGCUGCUCCAGAGUUCAGGAUGAGGACUGCAGUGCUAGUGGAAAAUUAUGCAGCUACAGGAAUAGCAACAGACAAGGCCAUAAGGGUUUUUCAAAAUAAGAAUGAGAGGUUUAACAUUCAGCCAGUGGAGGGUAGUAGUGAAUUCUUAGGUAAGAUUUAGGAUAUGGGCAAGAGAGUUUUGGCUAUCUUCAAAUUUGCUUUCAUUGUAAGGUUGUAACUGUACACCGAGGCAGAGAUAAUAUAUAUUGAAAUUAAUAUUAAAGAUCACUUUCUCACUGUAUACAUUUAUUAGAGCGUUUGGUUCACUGUUUUUAAUAAAGAUCUGUUGUAAUAGAAUGA